GCCUAGUGAAGCCCCCACUGCAAACUACCUAGAUAAACACAAAGGUAAGAACGCGGAAAGAACAACGGACGAUUUUAGUUAUAAAUAUUUACGACAAAGGCUCUGAAAUACUGCAUCGAAACUAUGCUCCCUGAUCUUUCUGUCAUCGACUGAAAAAUCCUCUACCAGUACAACAUGUCGUUUGCUUACUAAGCAAGUAUUGCUGUUUAUAAAUUCAAAAGUAAACACAGAUUUUGUGUAAUCUGUGGGGAAACUGUCGCGUUGGACAUGGAAACUGACACGGUCAUUCCGAUUUGGCAGAACAAACCGCACGGAUCGACGCGCAGCGUUGUGAGACGAAUUGGCUCCACGCUGCCGCUCAAACCUUGCCAACGGGCAUGUUUUCAGGCGCUCCCUGGCCUGCCCCCUCUGAGGCCCAUGGACGGCCCCAUGGUGCCCACUCUGGCUGAUAUCGCCUGGAUCGCCGCCGAUGAGGAGGAGACGUACGCUAGAGUGCGGAGUGACACCCGCCCGCUCAGGCACGAGUGGCGGCCGACGCCCCUGCUGGUGCUGCACAGGAACUCGUCGGUGCCAAACUUCCGGCGCGAGGGGAAGAAGGUGGAGGGGCUGAAGAAGCCGGGCGUGACGGCGCUCAACCGCACCACCGCCCUGCAGGACGAGCUCAGCCGCCUGCGCGCGCAGAUCGCCAAGAUCGUGGCCAACGAGUCCGACUCCAACCCCCUCACCCCUGACCUGCUGUCUCCGGACGACACCAGCAUGGGCUUCUCCAUGGCGCCCUUCGAGACCCCGGCCUACCAGCCUAGCUCUGCCUCCUUCGUCAUCAGCGACGUGACCGAGGAGGAGGAGGAGGAAGACGAGGAGGAAGAAGAGGAGGAGGAGGUGGAGGAGGUGUCCGAGCUGGUGCCCGACCCCAUCCCUCCUGUCUCCAUGACGGCCUCGGCGACCUUCGACCUGGACCGGCCCACCAUGGAGUUCCGGGAGGCGGAGGAGGACACGGUGUCUCUGUCCAAGUCCACCAGCUUCGCCGACGUCAUGGACAUCCUGAAGGACAUGAACCGCAUGAAGAUGAGCAAGGACAGGUACAACCGCGGCUGCACCUCCCUGCGGGACGAAGACUCCGCCUCUCUCAUCUCCGAGGCGCUGAGGAAGAAGUUCACCUUGAAGGAAGAGGACGUCGUCAUGAAGAACAAGUAGCCCCGCCCCCUCGUACCUCAUGCCCCUCGACUCCGCCCUCAUAGCAUUUGCCUCCGGACCACAUUGCCAUUGAGACUCCAGCCGUCUGACAGCAUCACAUCAUCAGGGGACAGCCCUGCCCUGGCGCCCCCACCUCCCCCAAACUCCACCUCACACGCCUCUGACCCCCUGACCCAGAAGAGCUGGGGGGCACAUCAGGCAGAAGGACCCCCAGCUUCCUGUUUUGAAGCACCCCCACACAGCAGGACUAAAAGCAGCUGUACAGGGUUUUACUCCACGGCCCCUAGGCACAGACUUCUGUACCCCCCCCCCCCCCCCCCCCACCUUCAGCCUGUUCUUCCCUGACCUGGUGGUAACAGCUAACAUACGAACAGAAACUGACCAAUCCCAGUGCUUGAAUAUUGUUUGAAAUUUGUUUUUCUUUUGAAUUUUUUUUUUUUUUUUUUUUUGAAUCUUUGUCUGAGCACAGCAUGUUUUUUUUUGGGGGGGGCGGUGUACAAAUUGUGUUAUUAUUAUCAUUAUUAUUAUUAUUUGCUGUAGUGUUUUUGUUUUAAUUUUUUCUCUCCAGCCUGUAAUUGUUUUAGUAAAAGCAGAAUAUGUGCACACUGCUGAAUCACGCUGCACCUCACGGUUACUGUAGUGUAACAUCACAGCUGAGACUAGGCCCUCUUUGACAUCGCAGCUUGGACUACGCCUUCUGUGACAUCGCAGCUCAGACUAGGCCGUCUGUGACAUCGCAGCUUGGACUACCCCCCUCUGUGACAUCGCAGCUUGGACUACCCCCCUCUGUGACAUCGCAGCUUGGACUACCCCCCUCUGUGACAUCGCAGCUUGGACUACCCCCCUCUGUGACAUCGCAGCUUGGACUACCCCCCUCUGUGACAUCGCAGCUUGGACUACCCCCCUCUGUGACAUCGCAGCUCAUACUACCCCCCUCUGUGACAUCGCAGCUCAUACUACCCCCCUCUGUGACAUUGCAGCUCAUACUAUGCCCUCUAUGACAUUACAGCUCGGACUACACCCCUCUGUGACAUCACAGCUUGGACUACCUCCUCUGUGACAUCACAGCUCGAACUACGCCCUCUGGUGCUGUAGUUGUGUGAAAGGGCGUGACUCUUGUGGCUUGUGCAAGUGUUUUUAUUUUAUUUUUUAGCCAGGCUUGUAAAGGAUUCUGGGUAAAUGGCACUGCCAUUCCCUUCAUGCAUACUCCUGAAGCAUUUGUUUGUUUUUUCAUUCAUUUUGUUUAGUUUACGAGUUGUGAUGCAGUGGAGUGAUCCAAAAGGGCGGCGGGUUGUUUGGCUGCGACGCGGGUCGUACUGUCAGGAGGGUUUUUGUUCUAACGGCGGGUGCCUGCAGAACUUGGGUGAUAUCGCUAGCUCUCGGACGACGCCGCUAGCUCUCGGACGAGGCCGCUAGCUCUCGGACGACGCCGCUAGCUCUCGGACGAGGCCGCUAGCUCUCGGACGAGGCCGCUAGCUCUCGGACGACGCCGCUAGCUCUCGGACGACGCCGCUAGCUCUCGGACGACGCCGCUAGCUCUCGGACGACGCCGCUAGCUCUCGGACGACGCCGCUAGCUCUCGGACGACGCCGCUAGCUCUCGGACGACGCCGCUAGCUCUCGGAAGAAGCCGCUAGCUCUCGGACGACGCCGCUAGCUCUCGGACGACGCCGCUAGCUCUCGGACGACGCCGCUAGCUCUCGGACGAGGCCGCUAGCUCCUGUACACUACUGCUAGUUGUUCAAUUCCAGGUAAAAUAAUGUUUUCCCGGGAAAUGACGAGCCGUUCUUGAGAAGAAAAUAAAUGCAUGUGGGGAGAAUGGUGGCCAACUAAUGGACUUGUUGUAAAUUGUAAAUGCUGUGUGUGUGUCUGUGUGUGUAUGUACGUAUGUGCAUGUGCGCGCGUGUGCCGUAGCUGCCUGUUUAAAGCCGGUCACCCCAGAUGUAUGGUGCUGUGUUUGGUGAAGAUUUUUUUUUGAACCCUUCUUGUCCCCCCCGAUUGGUCUCAUGUUUGCUUGAAGAGAACGCCCUGUCAGCUCUGCAGGUGUGUGGAGGUUAAAGGGAGCAGCGCAGUGUUUCAGAGAGUGAGAGAACGAGAGAACGGAGGAAUGAGGGCGAACUUGGAAGAGGAGUGGGGGAGCAAAGAGUGAAAGAGAAGAGAAAAGCAUGUGUCAGAGAGAGAGAGAGAAGGAAAAAAAGAAAGAGGUGUGAAAGAGUGAGUUUGGGGCAUCUCUAAGCUCCCUCCCUGUCGAUGCCUCGAUAAAAAUUUCUUAGUUUUGUAAUAUUUGGCGCCCAGUGUGGGGCUCAGCAUGUCCAGCUCCCACCCCCAGUUUGGAACAGCCAAUCAUCUGCCACCGCAGCCGUGUGCACGAGCGUAGACAUCUGCGGGUCUGCUCCGAAACGUGAGGUGUCACCCGGGCACGCCCCUUCUCAUCGCUCCAAACCCAAACGCCGUCGCCCAAUCACAUUCGGGCUCUGCCUAGAUGGAGCCAUGGCAUUGGGCAGCCCAGCUACCACCUACCAGCUGUCACUCUUAAGCCCCGCCUUCUCAUGUAGAACAAAUGCUGCUGCUCACUUUUUUUUUGGCUGGGGGGGGCGGGUAUUGAUUAUUGCUCUGUUCUUAUAUUUUUGCGCGUGAGCUCGUGCGUGUGUGGGACGUUGCUCUUACCGAGCUGUAUGAAUAGCAUAUUUAGCUAGUUAGGUGGGGAAGAUGUGUUGUAUAAUUUAUCAGUGUUACUUUGCUGUGAGGUGUACAUGUUUCACUGUUGGCGGGAAUGACAACAUAGCCACCACCUUCCUGCCCGUGUUCCUCUGUCUUGCCAUGCGGUCCUGUUGGUCACAUUCACCAUUUUAAAACCCGCGGCCUGUUUUUUUUCAUCCAUACUCUGCCUUCUAGAGUAAUAAAAAAAAAAAAAAACUUUCAAUGGGAAUCUGACUAUUUUCUCCAUUCUAAUGGGUGGAGCUACUCUGUGCUGUCAGUCACAGACCCCAACAAAUGUGUAACCCUGUUAAGAAACCUCACUGUCACUCUCACUACAAAGAAUGUUUUUAAAAAAAAAAAACCAGCUUCAGACUAAAGGGAUAUGAAGUGCUCUACAAAAUGUGCUUUAUUUGUACUACUUCAUUAUUUUGUGUGUGUGUGGGGGGGGGGUUCAUCGCAUGGCUUCACUCAGCCUACCUAGGGUUCUAUAGCCCCUGAGAGAUGAAAGGAGGGGGUAGAUAGGUGUAGUUAUUUGCAGGACUCACCAGUACAGUACGUGAUUUAAUCCUUUAAAAAAAGAAAGAGAAACGGGAGUAGUGACGACACGCUAACACUUCCAUCCUCCAUCUCCUCGCUCUGUUUUGGGGUCAGAGGUCAAAGGUGGCUUCAAGAGGAAAGGAGCCUCUCAAACAACUGAAACAGGAAAGCUGUCUGCAGUUUGUGUUUGCUUGGUUUUUUUUUUUGUUGUUUUUUUUUUGCUGAAUGGAGAGUGAUCUGUUUGUAAGUCUUGCAUUUAAAAUAAACUUAAAGUGGACUGGUACUUUAA